UAGCUAAGUGUGUUUUAGGUGAUCGCGUGUCAGAAUGGCUCGUACUAAGCAGACCGCCCGUAAAUCCACCGGAGGAAAAGCUCCUCGUAAGCAGCUGGCGACUAAAGCGGCCCGUAAGAGUGCGCCCUCUACUGGAGGAGUCAAGAAGCCCCAUCGCUACAGGCCCGGGACCGUGGCUCUGCGUGAGAUCCGGCGCUACCAGAAGUCCACCGAGCUGCUGAUCCGCAAGCUUCCCUUCCAGCGUCUGGUGCGUGAGAUCGCUCAGGACUUCAAGACCGACCUGCGCUUCCAGAGCGCCGCCAUCGGAGCCCUGCAGGAGGCCAGCGAGGCGUAUCUGGUGGGUCUGUUCGAGGACACUAACCUGUGUGCCAUCCACGCCAAGCAUGUCACCAUCAUGCCCAAAGACAUCCAGCUGGCUCUAUCGCGUGUCAGAAUGGCUCGUACUAAGCAGACCGCCCGUAAAUCCACCGGAGGAAAAGCUCCUCGUAAGCAGCUGGCGACUAAAGCGGCCCGUAAGAGUGCGCCCUCUACUGGAGGAGUCAAGAAGCCCCAUCGCUACAGGCCCGGGACCGUGGCUCUGCGUGAGAUCCGGCGCUACCAGAAGUCCACCGAGCUGCUGAUCCGCAAGCUUCCCUUCCAGCGUCUGGUGCGUGAGAUCGCUCAGGACUUCAAGACCGACCUGCGCUUCCAGAGCGCCGCCAUCGGAGCCCUGCAGGAGGCCAGCGAGGCGUAUCUGGUGGGUCUGUUCGAGGACACUAACCUGUGUGCCAUCCACGCCAAGCGUGUCACCAUCAUGCCCAAAGACAUCCAGCUGGCGCGCCGCAUCCGUGGAGAACGUGCCUGAGCUCUCUCUCUCUCUCUCUCUCUCUCUCUCUGUGUGUGUGUCUCUCUCUCUUGCUGUUUGUUGGUAGUUUUAGAGUUCAGUCCUGGUGGAGUGGGUGGCGUCUCUUUGUUUUUUGGCUACAGACUUUUAGGGUACUUCCUGUUUGCAUGUACCAGCCCGUGACUGAUCAGCCUCACACACACACACACACACACACUGUCCAUCGAUCACGAGUGAAGGUUAAAUAAGGCGGUCAGGGCUGAUGUCUGUAUUCAGGGCGUUAUGUCUCUCAUGCAGGGUGCUAAAACAGCCCUGACCCAUCCCAGAAUUCCCUGCACCGUCCAUCACGAGCGCGCACGUGUGUGUGUGUGUGUGUGUGUGUGUGUGCGUGUGUGUGUGUGUGAGGUUCUCAAUCAGCACGGGGUUUGUAUACAAGCAUCUCUCCAACAAAUGUUUAUUAUUGCAAUAUCAAGAAUUACUUUUAAUAAUUAUUGAUGUCUGUUUCUUUUUGUAUGCAUCCAUAUAAGCUUGUCUCAUAGAUCUAGAGCAUAUUUUUGAAGGUGGAGACUCUUCUAAAGACAGUUUUACAUCACAAAUCAUGUUUGUUUUCUAGAGGAUGGGUUGGGUUCAGUCUCAGGAUGUUCAGCAGUACUCUAACUGGCUCCAGCGCUCAGAAUAACAUGAACGAGCCGUUGAUUUUGGGUCUUUCAGUAGGAGGAUCUGGACGGAGUGACUGAUUCGAACUGAAUAAAUAUAUAUUGGCUUGAUACUGUUUUUGAGUUUCACCACGAGAAUGUCCUUCAGUAAAGAGCAGUUUUCUACUCCCCUCUCUUCAGCGUCUCACGACUCCUCAGGCAGACAUGGAGACAUUAUUAUUUAAUCCUGCGUGAUUUGUGGGUGUUUAGUUUCUCCUUUAUUCAGAGUCUGACUACAGAACAUUCAGGUGUUUAAUAAACUUAUCUUAAUAUUCCUCCUAAUUGUGUAAUAAAUGGAUGUCACACACUUUUGUGGGUUGUCUUUCACUGUGAAGUUCAAAUAAACUGCAUUCAACUCUUGUUAUAGAAA